UUUCCUCCAUUGGCUGAUAUAAUUAAAACCAAACCCUAAGAACAAAACGGAAACUGGAUUUGUAAUAUAGUUGAACCAGUAAAGAAACUCUCCGAAGAAGUAUCUCAGUAGCUGUUUGGAUCAUUCAGCCAGAACAAUAUACAGCCAGAGAGCGGAACUGCAUUAACUACUUCAGCGUCUGAUCUGAUGUCUGCAAAAGUCAGUCUGGUCAUGCGGAUUGCUACAUAAAAUUUUCUAUUUGAUGCUGGUAGAUGUGACAUCACAUCCUUGUGCGAGCAAACAGGAAAAUGCUUUAGCACGCCUAAACGGGGGAUUUACCACUUCCUCCUCUGAUACCUUAAACUUUCUGGUGAAGUGAAAGGAAGAACUGUGUUCAGAUGAGCUUCGAUUAUUCUCGGUGGUCUGACAGGAGCUAAAAGGUAGUCACGUGAAGAAAAGAAGAACUAAAAAGUACUUCGACAGCCUCGAUUUGAUCUAUUUAGGCCUAAUUUAGACUCAGUCCAGAUCCAAGGAUCUAAAAAUGGGGAGCACAAAUGCCAGUAUCUGUGUGGUCAAUGACAACAUGGUGCCCUUUGCCACAGUCUACAUCCUCAUCUUCCUGAUCGGAAUGGCUACCAGCCUGGUGGCGCUGUGGGCAUUCAUAACCAGCCGAAGUGCUAAAAAAUGCAUUAAUGUUUACCUCAUCAACCUUCUGACCUCCGAUUUCCUCCUCAUGUUGGCAUUACCUGUCAAGAUUGCCAAAGAUCUGGGCAACGAUUCUAAGGGUUUGACUAUCUUUCACUGCCAAGUGAGUGCGCCACUCAUCUACAUUAACAUGUACGCAUCUAUCAUCUUUCUAGCUUUUGUUAGCGUGCAGCGCUACCUCCAGAUCACACGCAGCUCCAAACUGCUGCGACUACAGGAUGUGGGUUUUGCGGUGCUGAUGUCCUCGGUGGUCUGGUUCCUCGUGCUCUUCAUCAACGUGCCCAACAUGGCCAUCCCUAUCAAAGAAAACAUUGAAGAUAAAGUUGGCCUUACAUGUUCGGACUUGAAAGAUGAUUUGGGCAAGCACUGGCACGCAUUGUCUGCGUUUCUGGGCAUGGCCAUCUUCUUGAACUCCUCGGUAGCGGUGCUGUUGUCCAACGGCCUGGUCCUGAAGCGGCUUUGGGGUCGGCGUGAAUCUGCCCCCGAGGAACAGGCUAGUGCCCAACAUGCCUUCAUUAACAUCGCACUGGUGACCUUAGCAUACGUGGUGUGCUUCGUGCCGUACCACGCUGUGCGUAUGCCGUACACUUUUACACAGAUAGAGGUCAUCACCAAAUGCACACUGAGGAAGAAUCUCUUUCUGGCUAAAGAGUCGACUCUGCUUCUCGCCAUCCUGCACCUGUGCUUUGACCCAGUGCUAUACUUUGUCAUCUGCCGUGCAUUCAGGCAUCAGAUCACGAAGGCCUUCUCAAAGAGAGGCAGCAUCCGAACACAGACACAGAAUGAAAACACAACUGGAGGAGAGUGAUGGACCAAGUACCAAAACAUCCCAAGAUAUCAGUUGAAAAAGUUGCUUUAAUAGUUCAUAAAAACUUUGGGGCAAAAUAUGCAUAAAUGUAAACAUAAAAUGACCAAAUCUACAGAAGCUAGACUGCACAAUGAUUCUUGCUUAGAUGUGUUUAAUUGUACUUAUAUUUGGAAUUUAAAAAAUACCAAGAACUUGAACUUCCAUCAUCUAAAGGACAACCACACCUCAAGCAUGAAAUUUAAUGUUUUUAGCUUUAUUUAUUGAUAAUUUAGGAGGAAAUUAUGUGUAAAUUGUAUUCCAUAUCC